CGUCACUCUGUCGUUGAUUUACGGUAAAUUUUGUCGGUUUAAUUCGGGUUACCAAGAGAAUAGUAGAGGGAGAAGCCUUAGCUACGAUUAAAGUUCACGGAUAUAUCGAAAACUAACUCAAAGAAGACAAUGGCUCAUAGAGAGAUAUAUGGUGAUACUCAUUUUUUUCAUUGUUGUUGGAGUUAAUUAUGUAUUGUCGUUGAGUAUUGAAUACAUUUUUUAAAACUUAAAUAUAAUAUAUUUUCAAAUGCUCAUCUAUUAAUAAUAAACAGUUGCAAUAAAAUAUCAUAAUUUUUAUUUAAAAAAAAUAAAGUACAUGUUCCAAGUAACGAAAAAAAACAAAGUUAUAUAUUGUGUGAUCACGUUACGUAACAGAUCAGGGUGCUUCUCUUAGGUAGGGGUGAUUGGCACGAAUGUGGGGUAGGGAUUGCGUUAUCUUACUCUUCGUAACACUAAAUCGUUGAAUAUGAGAGCAUAGUGCACUCGGUUGAUGCUCUCGAAAUUAUUUGUUUUUUUAUUUUUUAUUGUUUUUUAUGAUUUAUUUCAAUAUCAUCACUAAACGACGCUAUAAUCUGUGAAAUAUUUAGAAAAAAAAAAACAAACACUUGAUCUUAUGAUUGUUUCUUAUUUUUUGUCUCAAUUAAAAAUGAGCAGUUUCAUUGAAUCGUAUUAUUAUUAAUUAUGAGAUAAAAUUAUAAUUAUUAUUCAAAUGGGGUAGUGAUGAAGAAAAAUAAUGACGUAUUUUAUUACAUUAUCAUUUCAUCAAAUAAAAUAUCAAGCUACUUCAAAGUAGAAUCCAUAAAAUCUAAUAAUAAUAAAUUAUUGAAUAACAGCUUUAUAAUACAGUUGUAAAAAUAAUUGUGCUUUUUUUAAAAAAGAAGAAAAAAAAAUUGAGUUUAAAACAUGGGAAAGGGUUACAAACGUAAAACACGAUGGAGAACUUUGAACAUUGGUGCUCCUUCUGGUAAAGAAGAUGAAGAAAAAAAUGAAACAUCAAGAGAACAUCGAGAAGAAAGUUAUGAAGAAAAUCACAGACCUCAUCAUAGAAAAAAUAAUACAACAAAUACAAAUGGUGUUGGUUCAAGUGAUUCUACUAGAACAUCACCACCUCGAUUUCAGCAAAAAGUUGUGUUUAAUGAAAAUGAAUACACAAAAAUUACUACACCACGUCAGGAUAUGCUUUUUAAAAAAGGUUAUUUAGCAAAAAAAAUGGUUUAUUCAAGUAACAAUCCAAGUACAAGUGCAACACCAUCAACAACUGAUAGUCAAUCAGCUUCACAUUCUACUGCUGAUGGAAGUGAAAUAACAGAAGAUCAACAGUUAUUUGAUUAUCGUGACAAUGGACUAACAGAAUAUCAACCAAUGAAUGGUUUAGUACCUGAAAUGGUAUAUGGUACAUUUUAUGAUCCUGUUGGUGGAUACUAUUAUGAAUAUCCAGUAAUGGUAGGGCCAAUGUAUCCAGAUGCAGGAAUGCAAAAUGUUAUGCCAUGUGAACCAGUUCCAGUUGGACCAGUACAAUGGGUGGAUCCUUCCUAUGUUUCAGAAAUUGAUCAGCCUUACUAUGUUAUGGACUAUGAGAAUCCACAAAUUACUCAUCAAGUACUAGCUGAAGAAAAUUCAAUUGUUCCACCAAUGACAACAUGCACUGAUUGUACUGAAAUAAAUGGAGAAAUUGAUGAUGAAAAGUGCAAUUGUAGUGUUAUUGAUAAGGAACAAAAAGAUCCAGAGCAACAGGAUCAAUCAAAUUGGGAAGUUCCAUAUGACAGUGAGGUUACUGAUCAGCCUAUUGUUUCUAGUGAUGUUGGAUUGGAGACAGCAUUUUCACAGCAAUUACAAAUAUCUCAUCAAGGUGUACCACCACAAUCUCACAUGUAUCCUGGACACUACAUGUUUAUCAACGUUAAUGGUAUGCCUAUUUCGAGUAAUUUAAUGAGGGGUACAGAAAUGAAUUCUGGAGCCAACAUAUACCCAAAACGAAGAAAUAAAAAAAGAAUGAAAACCAAGAGAGUCAUUCGUCAAAUUUAUCAGGAUAACAAUGGAGAUUGUGAAUAUUUUAAUUCCGAGAUUGAUAGUGUUGAAACAACAACAGAAUCAUUUACACCAAAAAGUCAACCAUUAAAUCCAUAUUGUGAAGAAUUUAAACUCAAAACAACAACACCAACAACACCACCAACACCAACAACACCUGAAACAAACAUUGAUGAUACAAAAGAUAUUAAAAACAAUGAUGAUGAUGAUGAUGAUGAUGAAAUAAAUGAAGAAGAAUUAAUAAUUAAUUCAUCAUCAGAAUCAACAAUACCAGAUGUUGAAUAUGCAAUUGAAGCAAUUUCAACUGAACGUUUAUCCGAGCCUGAAGAACCAGAAAUUGGUGUUGAUGUUACUUGCACUGAAAUAAAUGAUAAUUUUACAAAUGACAAAUAUGAUAAUACAAUAAGUAUGAAUGUGCCUAAUAAUGAAACAAAUGAAUGUGGUAAAUUAUUAAAUGGUAAUUCAAUUGAGCCAAAUUUACCAUUAGAUAUUCAUGAAAAUAUUGAUAAUUGUUAUUCUAAAAAUAGUACUGUACCAAAAAUACAUAUGAUACCAAAUAAAAAGUACAAAAAUCAUAAAAUUAUUAAUAAUGAAAUUAUGAUACCAAAUGAUGAUAAUGAUAACGUUAUUGAAACUGAUGUUACAAAUAUUAAUAAUGAUAUUGAAGUUAUGCUAGGUGUUGAAGCAAUUGAGUUACAAGUAUCAGAUAAAAUUGUUUCAUCAACAGAAAUUUCCUCAGUUACAAAUAAUAAUUACAAUGCUGCCAAUAAUGAUUCCAAUUUUGAAUAUCGAAUUAAUAUUUCUGAUCAUCCAAUAACAGAUGCUGUUACACAAUGGCUAAGACGAGCAAAUUCACCAGAAUUAUUUGUUGGUUUAAAAAUGGGUACAGUUAAUACUGAUGAUGAUGACGAUGAUGAUGAUGAUAAUGAUGAUGACAAUGAUGAUGAAGUUAAUAAUACAAAGCCGUCAAAAAACUUGCAAGGCAACCCCAUGCUUGCACUAUCUUUUAAUAAUAUAAGAAAUAAUAAAAAUAUUAAAUUUACAAUUAAUAUGAGUAAUAAAAAUGAUAAAAAUAUAAUUAAAACUUUUAAUGAUACAUUUUUUUAUCAAAAUGUUUCUCAUAAUAAUUAUAAUAAUAAUUGUAAAUUUAAUAAUAAAAAAGAUAGUGUUGCAAGUAUGAGGGUUGCCGAAAAUACUCGGUUUAAUUUUAUUAAUAAAAUUAAUGAUAAUGGUUAUAAAAAUCAGUCAAUAAAAUUUAAUUCAAAUAAUAAAAAUUUAAUAACACAAAUUACAAAUAAUUGAAAUAAUUAAAACUAUGAACAAUAUUAAUUACGAAUUAAAUCAGCAUCUAUCAUCAUUCAUUAAUCCAAAAAAAAUAUUAAUAAAAUAUUGUAUUGUUGAACUGAAAAGUUAUAUACUCCAAGAGGAUGUAAAGACAAAUUAAAAAUUAUGCACUAAUUAGUUGGCAAGUUAAUAAAUAUAGUUGGAGUUAAUUAAAAAAAAAAAUAGAAUCAAUAAGUGAUUA